GAGCCGAUACAAAAAAAGAAAACAGUUUUGUUGUUGACUGCUAGCUAGCUGGUUCAGGUAGCUGGCAAUUUGUAACUACAGCCAUAAAAGUUAUUGAGGUUGGAUUAAAAUCAAAACGAUUGCUAGCUGUCUAGCCAUCAAUUAUGAAAGAGGACAAGGAAAAUACUCGUCCAAGAGAGAAAAGGGUGGAAUUAAAAGUCGAAGAUGUGGAAAAAACAGAGAAGCCGAAGGAGAAAAAGGAGGCAAUGACGAAGAUUGUCAUUCGUCGCUUGCCGCCUAGUCUCACCAAGGAGGAACUGGAGGAGCAGUUACAGCCUCUUCCAGAAGUAGACUACCUUGAAUUUUUCUCCAGUGACACCAGCAUGUACCCACACCUGUUUGCAAGAGCUUACAUCAAUUUCAAGAAUCAGGAAGAUAUUGUUCUCUUCAGAGACCGCUUUGAUGGAUAUGUGUUCAUAGACAAUAGAGGCCAGGAAUAUCCAGCUAUUGUUGAAUUUGCACCUUUUCAAAAGAUCGCGAAAAAAAGGAGUAAGAAGAGGGAUGCUAAGAGUGGAACAAUAGAUGAAGAUCCUGAAUACAAGAAAUUCUUGGAGUAUUAUAAUGCAGAUGAUGAAAAGUUUACAUCUACCCCGGAGACUCUUCUUGAGGAAAUAGAAGCCAAAUCUAAGGAAUUAGUGGCCAAAAAAACAACACCUUUAUUGGACUUCCUAAAAAAUAAACAGCGAAUCAGGGAGGAGAAGAAAGAGGAGAGAAGAAGAAGAGAACUGGAGCGUAAGAGGUUGCGGGAUGAGGACCGUCGCAAAUGGAGGGAGGAGGACAGGAGGAAACGUAAAGAGGUGGAAAAGAUGAAGAAAGGUGACAAAUCUGUGGAGAAAGAGAAAGACCAGGCAAAAGAGGAACCAAAAAUUAAGCUCCUGAGAAAACCAGAUCGUGGAGAUGACUUUGAUUCUGAGAAACCUAAAGAGAAGGCAAAGAAGCCCGAGAAGGACAAGCCCAUGAGGGAUGACAGAGUUUCUGGGGGAGUCGACUUGAGGAAACGCCAAAACAAUGAAAACAGGGAAGACAAAGGACGCAAAGCCGACGACGAGGGCCGUAAAGACUUCCGGGAGCGGGAUGUAGACCGAGACAGGGAACGAGAGAGAGAACGGCGUCAGAAGGAGAAGGAACGGAUAAGAAGACAGGACGAGGACCGGAGAAGGAGGAGGGAACGGCACGAUGGGGAGAACACCUACAGGAAGAGAGAAGAGGAGGCGAAAAAGGAGAAAGACAGAGUCUGGGAGAAGAGAAAGGGCGAGCAUGCUGGAGACUCCAUCCAUGACAGAUCUGAAAGGUCAUCUAAAGAUAAUAGAAGGGAGGAGAAUGCUAAGAGGGACAGAUUAAGGAACAAGGAUCGACCUGCCAUUCAGCUGUACCAGCCAGGAGCUAGGAGCCGGAGGGGUGGUGGUGGAGGUGGAGGUGGAGGUGGAGGAGGAGGUGGUGGAGGAGGUGGUGGAGGAGGAGAGUCUCACAUUGUUGAAAGAAAGCCAGAACACGAGACCAAAAGACUCCAAGACAAAGGAGAUGAAUGAUGAGAUGAACCCAGGUAGCAUGAUCAGUCAGGUGAGGACAGGUCGAGGUUUGCUACGGUCAGAGCAUUCUGGGGACAGAAUAGUUGGAGUGCUCCUCAAGCAGAGCUCCAUCCAGCCACUGUCAAUCAGAGGCGUCCAUUUGUCAAUGGUUCCUCUAGUGCCUGAACGUGUCCCUCUUUAGAUUUGCUUAUGAAGAAAGACAGGAGAAAGCUUGCACCUCAUUCAUGUUUGCAAGACUAUGGCUACAUAGGGCAUAAGUUAAGCCAAAGCUUUCUAGGACCACAUUAACUCAAAGUGACCUUACCUCAGUAUUGGUACAUGGUAUGUAUAUUGGAUUGGCCCUCUACUGCAAGUCUUUCACACAUAACAUACUGUGUACACCUAAUUUUCAUUCAGCUGUAGGAGAACUACAUGCGCUGAAGUCAAUCAAAAGUUGUUUUGUUAUGGAUUCGAACCUAUGAAUUCCCUUUUGUUUUGACACACGAAAAAUCAUUAAUUACUUGUUCUGUUGUUUAAUCCAUACAGCGAUUCAGGAAGGUAGCCAUUUUUGACUAUACUGAACUGUGAGCCAUGCCUUGAUUUAAGCGAGCAUGCAACCUUCAGUGGGUGACCAACCCUGUGGCCUUCUUUCUAAAUUAAGAUGCACCUCACCUUUAUUAGUAAGCUAUGCUGCACUAAUAAAAACGAAAGCAGUAUGGGCAAACAAUGUUACCAAUUGUAUUAACAUAGCCACUCUCAUUUGAAAUAAACAUAUGUUAUUUAAGUGUAUGUUUCAUUUUGAAUUUCUGAAGCCUUGCAAAAAGAGAUUUGAGAGAUAUAAAUGGGCCAAUAAAAAAUGUUUU